AUGGAGGAUUUUUUGAAACUCAAGCAGGGAAGGAUGUUUGUUAAGGAAUAUGCCUUGAAAUUUCACCAAUUUUCAAGGUUUGCUCCUAAUUUAGUGGCUGACAUACGGGCAAGAAUGAGGAAGUUGUCUUUUGGGUUGAAUCGAGAUUUAAUUUUGGAGAACAAGAUUGCCUUGUUGAAUAAAGAUAUGGAUAUAUCUAGGUUGACUAUUCAUAUGCUGCAAGUAGAGGAUAAAAAAAGAAAGCAGAUGGAGUUUGAAGAUCAACAAGGAUCAAUUGAUGAUUUUCAGGCUGACAGUGGAUUUAGGGCACAAGAUUCCCAGUCUCAGGACAGUGGAGCUUUGUCAGCCUCAUCUUAUCUCUCUUGUUGUUUUUGUGGGCAAAUGCAUCAUGGAGUAUGUGAUGAGGGAAGGAAUAUGUUCUUUAACUGUGGUCAACUUAGUCACAUGCAGUGGGAGUGUCCUUCAAAGGUCAUUUCUGGAGCUAAUAAAGUUCUAAUUGCUACUUCUUCAUAUCCAGCACCAAAGGGUGCUACUUCUAGUACCGAUACUGGCCAAAAUUGUCUGUAUGUUUUUGCAACCCUUUAG